UCCGAGCUUAUAUUUGAGCAUAAAUAAAAUAUUUUAGUAGAUGUUAAUUUGAUAGAUAUUUAAAGCAUUCAAGGUUUUAAGUAAAGGAUCGGCAUGAGAAAAUGAUGUAUUUAGGACUUGGCAUAUUUCUCUUGUUUAAAAUUUUCCAAGUAUCAACACAUAAAUCGAUUUGCGAUAUCAACAAAAACUUAAGAUUUGACUGUUUUCCUGAGAGUGGAGUUACAGAAGAAUCUUGUUAUAGUCGAGGAUGUUGUUGGGACAAUUCAAAUAAUGAAGGGCAACCUAUCUGUUAUUAUGGAUCAGCAAAUAUAGGUUACAAUGUUUGUGGUUACAAAGAAACUAUUACAGGAUUUACCUUGGAACUAUGUCUAACUGGACUAGGAGGACAUUACGGAAAAAAUGUUUUAAAACUUAAUGCUAAUUUUUAUUUGGAAACAGAUAACACGUUGCAUGUCAAGAUUUUUGAUCCUUAUAAUAAAAGAUAUGAAGUUCCUACCCCUUCUCCUAAUGUAAAAAAUAAAGCAACAUCUCUGAACUAUCAUGUAACCUAUACAAAUGAUUUGUUCAGCUUCAAAGUUGUUAGAAUAUCAAAUGGAGAAGUCAUAUUUGACUCAAAUGUUGGUGGCUUUAUAUUCUCUGAUCAAUUUAUUCAAAUAUCUUCUAUUCUACCAUCUGACAACAUUUAUGGUUUGGGUGAACAUGUUUUAGGUUUAAAAUUAAGCACAGACUGGAAUCUUCUUACCUUAUUUUCUAGAGACAUUCCAACUCCUGAGGGUGGAGUGAACUUGUAUGGAGUUCAUCCUUUUUAUGUUAACAUUGAGAAAACUGGCUUGGCUAAUGGAGUUUUUUUGAAAAACAGCAAUGCAAUGGAUAUAAUAUUGCAGCCUACACCAGCAAUAACAUAUAGAACAAUUGGUGGAAUUUUGGACUUUUACAUUUUUCUUGGACCAACAGUUAAUGAUGUUGUUUCCCAAUACACUAAGAUUGUUGGCCGUCCAAUAAUGCCGCCUUAUUGGUCAUUAGGAUUUCAUUUAUGCCGUUGGGGAUACAAUUCUUUAAAUGAAAUGAAUGCAGUCAGAAAUCGAAUGGCAGCUAAUCAAAUUCCUCAAGAUGUUCAAUGGAAUGAUAUUGAUUAUAUGGAUAACUUUCGUGAUUUUACAAUAGGUUACAGUUUUAAAGGUUUAAAUAGAUUUGUAGACAAUCUUCAUGACCAAGGGAUGCAUUAUGUUAUUAUGUUGGAUCCAGCAUUAAGUAUCAAUUACCAUGGUUACUUACCUUAUGAUGAAGGAAUAAAAGAAAAUAUAUUCAUAAAAAAUAGUAAAGGGGAAGUAUUAGUUGGUGCUGUUUGGCCUGGAUUGGCUGCUUUUCCUGAUUUUACACACCCCAAUAUUUCAAACUACUGGCUUAUGCAGAUCAAAAGUUUCCAUGAAAAACUUCAAUUUGAUGGAUUGUGGAUUGACAUGAAUGAACCAUCUAGCUUUGUUGACGGAUCAUCAAAAGGGUGUCCAAAAAAUGCCUAUGAUCAGCCACCCUAUACUCCUGCUAUAAUUGGUGGAACACUUUUUCAAAAAACUUUAUGCAUGAAUUCACAACAAUAUGGUGGAAGUCAUUACAACUUGCAUAGUUUAUAUGGCCAUUUAGAGUCAAAAGUAACCAUGAGUUCUUUACAAAAGAUACGUGGUAAACGCUCAUUUGUGAUUUCUCGUUCAACAUAUUCUGGGACUGGUGUUUAUGCAGGACACUGGCUAGGUGAUAAUCACAGCACAUGGGAAGAUCUUUACAAAUCAAUAGCAGGUAUAAUAAAUUUUAAUUUGUUUGGUAUUCCAUUGGUUGGAGCAGACAUAUGUGGAUUUUCAGGAGAUACUACAGAAGAGCUUUGCAGCAGAUGGAUGCAGCUGGGAGCAUUUUACCCUUUCUCUAGGAACCAUAAUGAUCACGAAUCUAGAUCUCAAGAUCCUGCAGCAUUUGGUGAAAUGUUAAUUAUUGCUUCACGAAACGCAUUAAAUACACGAUACCAGCUGUUACCAUAUCUUUACUCGUUAUUUUUUGAGGCUUAUGUAAAUGGUACACCUGUAGCGAGGGGAUUAUUUUCUGAAUUUCCAACAGAUAGUAACUGUCUAAACAAUGAUAAACAGUUUAUGUGGGGAAAAGGCCUUUUAAUUAGCCCUGUGAUUUUGGAGGGUGCAGUGAAUGUGAGAGCAUAUCUACCAGCUGGAUUUUGGUUUAACUUUUACACUGGUGAGUUGUUUGAUAGUCAAGGUGAGUAUGUGAAUCUUCCUGCUUCUUAUGAAUAUGUGAAUUUACAUAUCAGAGGAGGUGUGAUUAUACCUACUCAAGAUUCUGCUAUUACAACAACAAAAAGUCGUGAAAAUGAUUUUGGCAUGAUUGUGGCAUUAAAUAAUGAUGGGAAAGCAAAUGGUUUUCUUUAUCUUGAUGAUGGUGAGCAAAUUCUAGAAGAAAAUCUGGAAAAAAGCUCCAUUAUUGAGUUUCAUUCCCAUCAGGGAGAAUUUUAUUCAAUUCCUUUGUAUAACAAAUUUUUUCCUAAUCAUACUACAUUCUCUAAAAUCUCUAUUUAUGGGGUGAUUGUGGAACCUACUCAAGUUAAUGUCAAUGGGAAAGCUUUUUUAUUCAAGUAUGACAAGAAUCUAAAGGUACUUGGAAUUAGUGACAUGGGCUUAUCUAUUUUGGAAGAAAAUCAUAUAAAAUGGUCGGCUUAAAGUUAUUUACAAUAUAAUGUAUUUAUGCAUUAUUUUUUGUUGUUUUUUGUUACUUAGAAUUUAUUGC